CUCAUGCAGCAGCAUUAUUCAAAGCGGCAAAAAAUUCAGACUCGUGCCUAACUUCAGUGACAGUAUACCUCACCAUCAGCACAGAUGGACAAUGUACUCAAAGCAGAUAAUAUAUUAACACCUGCGGCAGAGGUACCAGGUAUUGGUAGAAAUAGCCUCCAAUCGCCACCAUCAGCACUAAAUACCGAUCCUGCAUCCCAAAGCCAAGCAGACACAUUCGAUACCAUCCCACCAACUCCUCAAGCGCAACGACCUCCAACACUACCUUAUCAAAUUAUAAAUUCGCUGACAAGCACAAUUGGAGGCAUGGCAAACAGCGCUUCUGCAAUGCCACAACAGCAAGGCAGGGAGGCUGCAUCACCUACCAGCAGCUACUUUCCAGACGCCCCCCACUCAAACGAAUCCUCGUCUUCUGGAGAACUUGGUAACGCUGGACAAGCUGCUAAAAACCACGGUGUUGAAAACAGAAAGCGUGGCUACUCAGGAUCCAGAGCUAAUCGCUCUCUUUCCAACGCCUCAGUGGGUUCCGGAGGUGUCUCUCUUGGUUUGAGCUUAACGAACAGCACGUUGUUUUAUGAUAUUCCAAUGUCAGAUGCCUUGUCCGAUUUAAUAGAGAAGCAUAUCUCUCCAGAGAAGAGGCCGAGAAGAGAGUCUGUUGAAUUGUCAGACGUUGAAAAGCUAAAAACGGCGGAUGCACUUCAAGAGUUAGUGAACCGAAAAUCAUGGCGUUCAGUGGCCCGAUUUACUCGCAACCGUAUCGUGCAAACAAAUCCAUCCCAUCUAGCCGAAAUCUUGCAGCUUUGGUACGUCCGACUGCAAGCACUAGUCAAUCUACGACUAUAUCAGCUUGCAUUAGCUGAGCUUGACAAACUUGGAGAUCUAAAUCGUCAAGAAUACACAUUCGAAUAUCAUCAAGGUCUCUUCCCUGGAAAGUCUGGAAUAAUGAUACCAUUUGAGCUCCGAGUAUUGUCGGCCAAUUUACCAGGAUUGAUGAAGCACUACAACGCAAGUAUAGAGCGUUUAACCAUACUUGCAAUGGAAUGCCAAAGGUUGAACAGUAAGGAGGACACUGAACUUUGGCGCAAACGAGAAGUGUCUCUCUAUAUCAUGCUAGCCAACUUUCUACUGGAAAUCAAGGAUUUCCCUCUCACCAUAUCGAUCAUGACAAAAAUAGUCAACACAUUUUCUAAUGGAGCUGCUGAGCCGGAUGUUAUAUCAACUUUGGGUCGACUGUAUUUACAGCUUGGCAAUAUCCAAGAUGCGAAGAAAGUGUUCAAAGGGCUAGAAAGUCAAGAAGCAAGUGAUCCACACGUCAAGCGGCUUGUACGAAUGAAUAGUGCUUUAUGCCAUGUUGCUGCAGCCGACUGGAGCCCGGCAAAAGAGGAGUUAGACGCAAUUCUAGCUGAGGAUCCCAAUGACUAUGAAGCUGUUAACAACUUGGUGGUGUGCUUGAUCUAUCUUGGUGAGCUGAACCAGGCAAUUGCAGUGAUGGAGGAUUUGAUUUCAAAAUCAAACGAUCAGGCACAUGGGCUGAUAGAAAAAGCCGUCUUUAAUUUAUGUACAUUAUAUGAGCUGCGCUCAGAUACAGCGAUGGAGAAGAAAAUCUGGAAAUUACAGCAACUUCAUCCGUAUCUUGGAGACGGAUUUCAUGUAGAAAGUUUUAAAAUUUAAGUAAACA